UAUUGAUCUAGUGCAAUUGGAGCGGCCAAUUGGGUUCUUGUUUAUCCAGGAAAAUUUUCAAUUACAAAAUGUCCUUAAACUUUCGCUAUCACGUUUUAAAAAGCGUCAAACCAUACACCAUAUAUAUUCCGCAAUUAAGUAAAUCAACUCUACGUGUCUUAAUUCAAAUCUCAGUACACUAUAUCGAAACAAAAAAAUCGUCAGCUGACGUUUUGGAACUUGCAAUAAACAAAAUUAAAAAUGCAGGCCACGAAGUGCCCAAGAAUUUUUGCGAAUUGUUUACAAUGGUGCUGUUAAUAAUGCAAAUCUAUUUACGCUAUCCAAAAGGUGUGGUAAAGGAUCAAGAACUGCGGCAGUGCUUAAUAGACGAUUUGUGUUUUACAGAUGCUUGCGCGGAGGAUUUGACCAAGGUGCUGAUUAACCACCGUACAACGCUUAGUAGAAAUUUUGCUGAAACCAAAAUGGAAAGAGCAAAAAUGUUAGACGUGCAAUGGCGUAUAAAUAUUUCUUUGGGCUCAACAGACAACGGCAAAUGGGAAAAGAUAACGGCUGCUGGAACAGUUUCUAAUGAGCGCAGCGUUCCCGAUCACAUUCAAAAGCCUCCGUAUUACUAUAAAGCACUGCCACCGGGAAACACAAAUGGAAGUCCAGAAAUAAAAAAUGACAAACAGAUUCAGCAUAUGAGAUCAAGCGGCAAAUUGGCCGCGCAGAUACUUCAGGAAUGUGGUAAAAUGGCUAAAGUUGGCAUAACUACGGAUGAAAUAGAUAACUUUGCUCACCAUCGAAUACUCUCUUUAAACGCCUAUCCAUCCCCCCUGCGAUAUGCCGGAUUCCCCAAGUCCUUGUGCACUUCAAUUAACAAUGUUGCCUGCCAUGGUAUACCGGACGAUCGACCCUUGUUUGACGGCGACAUUAUUAACAUCGAUGUCACUGUUUACCAAAAUGGUUGCCAUGGCGAUUGUUCGGAGACUUUUCUGGUUGGUGAUGUUGAUGAACGUGGUCAGUUCUUGGUGAACUGCACACGCGAGUGCCUAAACAAGUGCAUCGAACUAUGUGCUCCAGGUGUGCCCUUCUAUGAAAUUGGGAAGUGCAUACAGAGAUAUUGUGAGGAACAUCAGCUGGAAUCGGUAGCUGAAUUUAUUGGCCAUGGCAUUGGCAGUUACUUUCAUGGGCCGCCCGAAAUUUAUCACUACGAUAAUGAGGUUGCGGGUAAAAUGCAAGCAGGCAUGACUUUCACCAUUGAACCAAUUCUGUCUCUUGGCGGUGGCGAAAUUGGGAUCUUGGAGGACGGGUGGACGGCUAUUACCUUGGACAAUUCACGGAGCGCACAGUUCGAGCAUACGAUUCUGAUCACAGAGACUGGCGCUGAAGUGCUAACAAAAUUUGGCUGAAAGAAGUUACACAGAAAUUAAUUUUUAUUGCAAAUGUUUGUAUUAAUAUGUAGUAUGCAUAAUUGACAAAUAUAAGUGUUUAAAUAAA